GCCCCGUCCUCCGGGGCAGCUGUCAGCCCCGGUGCCUCCCCGUACCCCCGGGGCUCUCUGCCCCACAGGCCCCCAUAGCCCAGCACGGCGGCAGGGGGGGCCAAGCGUGGUCGAAGAGCAGCCCCCCCCAUCCCCACCCUUCUCCCCCGUGUUCCCCGCCUCACUCACGGGCCUGGUGACCCCCGCACAUCCCCACAGCCGGAGCGCGGAGUGCUGCGGGGGUACCGGGGGGUGCCCGUAGAGCCCCCCCAUCCUCCAGCCGGGAAGGACUGGGGGGGGCAGCCGGGACUAAAGUGGGGACGUAGAGGGGGGGCUUGACCUGAGAGGAGCCCCCCCUCCCUCCCCCCGCUUCGGGUAGGGGCUCCCCCCAGCAGCAAUGGAGAUGCAGAAGGGGAAGGGGGGAGCGGCAGGAGGAGGAGGAGGAGGAGGCAAGUUGCUGCUCUCCACCCUUCUGGAUGCCAAGGAUGAGUUGGAGGAGAGGCUGGAGAGGUGCGUGGGCAUCGUGACUUCGCUGACCAACGGGCUGUCGGAGCGAGAGGCCAACGAUGCCCUCAAUGCACACAUAUGCAAAGGAGCCUCCCAACACGAGGAGAUCUGCCUGGGCCUUUUCACUCUGGUCCUGACCGAACCCAGCCAGGCACAGAAGUGCUACCGGGACCUGGCCUUGGUGAGCAGAGAUGGAAUGAACAUCGUCCUCAACAAGAUCAACCAGAUCCUGAUGGAGAAGUACCUGAAGCUGCAGGAUACCUGUCGCACCCAGCUGCUGUGGCUGCUGAGGGAGCUGGUGAAGAGCAGCGUGCUCGGCGCCGACGGCGUCUGCAUGACCUUCAUGAAGCAGAUUGCAGGGGGGGAUGUGACAGCAAAGAACAUCUGGCUGGCAGAGAACGUCCUGGAGAUCCUGACGGAGCAGAGGUAAAGCUGGGACGGGGCAGGCGGGAGCUUUCCUGCUGUGCUGAGUGCAGGAUGGCAGCACCGGGCCAAGGUCUGCAGUGGUGGUGCAAACAGCAGCCUGCCAACGGGGUUUCCUAUGCAGAAGCCCUUUGUGCCCCCAUGUCCCCAGCUGUGUCUGCAGGCUGUGCUGUGUGUUUCUAGCUCUCCAUGCCCUCUUGCUGUGGGAUUCUCCUCUUUCCAUUAACCAGCCAACCUCAGGGGCUGCGUUGCACGAGGGCUGAAGCUGCCCUGCGCUGACGGUGCGCGCGUGGCUCAGAGCUGAUCCCACGAAUUAUUUUCCUCCUGAGCUUCCCCAGCCUGCGGGGGAGGUGUUCCUUUUCGGGGGGGAGUAGGACUGAGUUAAUUGCCCAAAAAGCUUCCUGUGUGUAAACACAGCUUCAGCCUCGCUGGGGCUGCAACUUCGAUUUGUUGGGGGCGGGCCAGCUGGGAAGCACGGUCCCCCGUGGGCUCAGCAUUGUCCCCCCCCAUGCUCAGCUCCAUCCCCGUGGGCUCAGCUCCGUCUCCCCCCCGUGGGCUCAGCAUUGUCCCCCCCGAGCUCAGCUCCAUCCCCCCGUGGGCUCAGCCCCGUCCCCCCCGUGGGCUCAGCAUUGUCCCCCCCGAGCUCAGCUCCAUCCCCCCGUGGGCUCAGCCCCGUCCCCCCCGUGGGCUCAGCAUUGUCCCCC